GGUGCUGUGUUCUGAUUGGUUGUGCUGGAGGGGUUUUCUGUGCCUGCUUCCCGUUAACGCGGAGGGUUAUGGGGCAGGCCCUGGAAAGUACGGAGCGGUGUGAGGCGCUGGGCAGUGGUGUGUCUCGGGGGUGAGUGUGUUUCCGUUCAGUAAGCCCUUCCUGCACUCACCACUUCCCAGACAGGCCCUCACACCCAGCGCCCGGUCCCUGCACCCACUACUGUGCAACAAUGGCCGCCUGUGCCCCCCUUAGCCAGCAGCAAGUGCCCAGUGCGGGCCGUGCCUGUGUGCGGCUGCCCCCUGUGACGUGCAGCUCCACAGGAUGGCUAUAAGGCUGCCAGCACCGUGUGCAUCCUCUGCGGCCAUUGUGCCAGCUGCAGACAAUACCCCAGCCCAUAGAGCAGACCUGUGCCCAUGAAAGGUCUGGUGUUAGAGAGUUUGUGGAAGUAAAAGGAAAGGACCGGAGGUGAAAACAGUCACUCCGAGGACAUGAAGUGGUUCAGUACCUCAGGCCAGGAGAGACUCCACCACUGCUCAAAAAAGAAAUAGGCACAGCACUGAGAGGUAACUUCACGUGAAUCUAUGUGGAGGAAGAGCAGAGCGUGGAGGAUGUUACAUCAUCACUGCCGCAGGAAUCCUGAGCUGCAGGAGGAACUGCGGAUCCAAGGGGCAGUGGCUGUAGGCGAUGUCCACACUGUCCGCACAAUGCUGGAACAGGGCUACUCACCGAAUGGUCGUGAUACCAACGGAUGGACUCUUCUGCACUUCUCAGCAGCCAGAGGAAAAGAAAGAUGUGUGAGAGUAUUCCUGGAACAUGGAGCGGAUCCUACAGUGAAGGACCUGAUUGGAGGCUUCACCGCAUUGCACUAUGCUGCCAUGCACGGACGGGCUCGGAUUGCACGCCUUCUGCUGGAGUCAGAGCACCGCAGUGACAUCAUCAACGCCAAGAGCAAUGACGGCUGGACGCCCCUGCAUGUGGCUGCCCACUAUGGUAGAGACUCCUUUGUCACUCUGCUUUUGGAGUUCAAGGCCGAGGUUGACCCUUUAAGUGACAAGGGUACGACUCCCUUGCAGCUUGCCAUCAUUCGGGAAAGAUCCAGCUGCGUGAAGAUCCUACUGGACCAUAAUGCCAAUAUCGAUAUUCAAAACGGGUUCUUGCUACGCUAUGCCGUGCUGAAAAGUAACCAUUCUUACUGUCGCAUGUUUCUCCAAAGAGGUGCUGAUACGAACUUAGGGCGACUAGAGGAUGGACAGACCCCUCUUCACAUUUCAGCCCUCCGGGAUGAUGUUCUAUGCGCCCGGAUGUUGUACAAUUAUGGUGCAGACACGAACACUAGGAACUAUGAGGGUCAGACCCCACUAGAUGUAUCACUAAGCAUCUCAGAAACUAGUCGGCCCUGUCUGGAUUUCCUACAGGAAGUACGAAGGCAACCCCGAUAUUUGCAGGAUUUAUGCCGGAUCAAAAUACGCUACUGUAUUGGACUGCAGAACCUCAAGCUACUGGACGAGCUCCCCAUUGCCAGGGUUAUGAAGGACUACCUGAAACACAAAUUUGAUGACAUCUAAGUGUGGUUGCUCAGUAGAAGAGACUUGCCCAGUAAUGCUAAGUGUCAAUAUUCCAGACGUGGGUUAGGCUGUUGUCUUGCACAAGUAUAUCCUAUGCAAUUUCUGAUGUGGGGCGGAGUCAGAAGGCAGGUAUACACUUUUAUUUUAUCAUUUCCCUAAAAAGAUUGUCCCGAAAAGUCUUAAUAUUUUGGGAUCCAGGUUUUGCGGUCCAUUCUUUCAGUUUCACUUAAAUAAUUACUUUAUACACUUUUUUUUUUAAAUAAAUGCCUCUUUAAUUUAUUUCUUCCCUUUCCUACUUGACACAGAGCAGAUUUGAUCACAAUCGGGGUACACUAGGUUCCCCUUGUUUCUGAAAUAGCCUACGAUACAUCUGAGGCUGCACAACUUUAUCUUCGCUGAUUGGUGUUUCGGUUGUCAGUGCACUGACAACCGAUCAUAUUACUAAAACUGGAUUCUACAAGUGCAAAUUACUAUACACCUUUAGCUGCCCUGACACAGUAGAGUCCGUGGCAUCUGUCGGAUCUGCUGACACCUUAAAGGGAAAGUCCAAGAUCAUAAGAUUUUCUCAAAGGCAGGCAAAGUGAUAAAAUAACAAAAGAACCAAUAAUCAUCACCUGUUAGGUCCUCCAGUGCCGAGACCACUGCGCGGUCACAUGGUAGACAGGUAUGUCACCUCUGCAGCCACGUAAACCAAGACCAGCAGGAAGCACCAGAGAGGUGGCACUGGAGCAUUGAGAAUCUAACAGGUAACUAUUGAUUUGUUUUGCUAUUUUAUCACUUAGCCUUCUUUUACCUAUUUUUCUGAUGUCAGACAACCCCCUUAAUAUAUAUGUCCACUGGCAGGACCCUUCCCCCUAUACCACUGAUUUGCAGAGCUCUUGGACCUUCACGUUCGUCUGUCUUUCCUCCAUAAGUAGAACAUUCAUGUUACAGGUGGGAUCGUUGCCUGCCGAAUAAUUUUCUAGUAUGUAUGGGUAGCCUAAAGGAAAUGAUCACUUUUGAGCACAUUUUUUACAACCGUUUACAUCUAUAUAAAAUGAUAAGUGACUACAAAUACUUUGCUUUACUUAUCAUAUACUGGUUUUAUUUACUUGCUGGUUUCCACUCCAUUCACGCUAAUGUCCUAUUUUAGCUGGCUCUGUUCAUUCCCGUCCAUUUAUAGACCAUUGCUACAGAUUUUAGAUCCAUAAAACGCAGGCAACAGAUCUGAUGAUCCCAGCGUUUCAAUCUUAAGCCAUCAUUGCUUGUUUCUCAGCAUUGUAGGGAUGUUUGCUACUUUGGAAAAUAAAUCUGAGAAAAAAAGAAGUAGUUUGAAACAAAGUAAUCCAAUGAAUUAUCAUGUCGUGCAUUUGGUUUCUCGGCCCCGAGCCAUUGUAUAGUGUAAACAGGACGUAAACCAGAGAUCAGUGCAUUGUGGGAGUUUAGGUGGCCAUUGGAGGGGAGCAGAUGGGUCCGAUGUCUGAUAGCAGAGUGCAGAUAAGCCGCUGUCUGUUUCCAAGGGCAACCAGCUGAGUUUUGUAAGCAGCCAUGUAUUCGAAUGGAGAGGGGUAGGCAUGCACCAACUUAAAACCAAUGCAAAAUAAAUAAAGCAAAGUAGCAGUAUACGAAAUUCUGAUGUAGCCAAAUGAUCAGCCCCUGAAGAAUCUCCCUUCCCCUAUAUCCAGUACUGUCUUUUCAUGAGAAUUUGAUUCCACAGCUCUUUCUAAAAGGUUUUCUAUGUGAAUGAUGCUGCAGAACAAAGCAACUUGGUUACGUAAUUCUUGUUCUUUUAUUCCCAUGCUGUGAAAUAUAUAAAUGAAUAUAUAUUUUUUGUUUAAUCCUUUUAGGCAGCAUUAUGUUUGCAGUUAAACAUACUUUUCUCCCUCGGCUCUGUGACUUUAUUUUCUUUCAUGUGUAUGGUGCUAUGGUGUCUUAUUUAUAAUUAA